AUGGAGGACGUCACGUUCGACGAGUCGGUUCCCUUUUACCGUCUCUUUCCCUACCGCACUGCCCCGCUCCCCCCCCCGCCGCUCUUCCUCGCUCCAGACCCUCCUCCCUUGACUGCGCCGGUUGAGGUCACUGGUGACUCAGGUCCUACUGAGGGUGGUCCUGCUCGGGGUGCUACUUCUGGGGGUGCUGAGCCUGGGGGUGCGGAGCCUGGGGGUGCUGAGCCUGGUGGUGCUGAGCCUGAGUGUGAGGGGUCUGGGGGUGCUGAGCUUGGCGGUACUGACGCUGGAGGUUCUGGAGCUACUGAGGGUGCUGGCGCUGGAGGUUCGGGAGCUGCUGGAGGGCCUAGUACUGGUGGCACUAGAGCUGGAGGUUCUGGAGCUGCUGAGGGUGCUCGCGCUGGAGGUUCUGGAGCCGCUGGAGGUACUGGUGCUGAGGGUACUGACACCGGAGGUUCUGGAGCCGUUGGGGGUGCGGGCGCUGAGGGUUCUGAGUCUGCUGUUGCGCGGUCUCCUUGGAGUAGCCGCCUUCGUCCACGUGUGCCUCUCACCCCACAGCAGCUGCAGGACUGGUACGGUCGCCGUCAGCGUCGCGCUGCUGGAGCUAGGAGUGGUGCUGGUCCUUUGUCUACUGGAGGUGCUGGAGUCGCUGGUUCUGGAGGUGCUCGUACUGGAGACACUGAGGCUGGAGACCCUGGGACUGGAGGUGCUGGCUCUGGGGGUGCUGCUGCUGGAGACACUGAGGCUGGAGACCCUGGGACUGGAGGUGCUGGUUCUGGGGGUGCUGCUGCUGGAGACACAGAGGUUGGAGACCCUGGGACUGGAGGUGUCGGCUCUGGGACUGGAGCUUCUGGAGCUGCUGGAGGUACUGGAGCUGCUGGAGGUACUGGAGCUGCUGGAGGCACUGGAGCUGCUGGAGCUGCCGGUACUGGUGCAGCUGCGCCGACACGACUGUUCUUCGCUCCGCCGUCUCCGUCGUCUCUGCCGCCGUCUGACUCUGUUCUUCGUCAGGUUCUUACUCUCCCGUCGUCUACUGGUCUUCCGUUACAGCCUGGCUCACCGCUGCCUGCUCCUUCUCCUUACACUGAGCAGACUGGUAGUCCUGCUGAGCGUCGUGAGCCUGCGUCGCGUCCUGUUUCGCCUGUUCGUCCUGGUCGUACCGGUCGUCGUGUUCCUCGUUCGCGUCAGCCGGCUGUCCCCAGCGCACACCUCGUAGUUCGUCGUCCUUCCUCUGCUCCGCAGCCUGUUCCUCUGCCGUCUCCUCCUGCGUCCUCUUUGCCUGAUGUUCCGGACCCUGCGUCUGACCGGUUUCGUGCUGAGCACCCUACUGUCACGCGUCUACUAGCCACUGUUGUCACUGACCCGUCGUUUGAGUCUACUGCUGCGUCUGCUCUUGUCGCUGAGCUUGUUGACUUUGCUGCUGCCUGUCGUCUAGACUUCGCUACCAGUCUUGUUGCUGAGUCUGAGUCUGUCUGUCCUCCGUCCGUCGGGGGUGAGUGUGCUCUUAGCACGGACGUCCUUGAGGACAGGCACGAGGACCUUGAGUGUCUUGCAGCCGCUACGCCUCAUCUCGUUGCCAUGCUGCUUGCCCCUGAGGGAGACCCGGAUGCACCAGACAUCCCGACCCCGCGCUCUUACGCUGAGGCGAUCGCGGGUGAGUACUCCUCUCAGUGGCAGACAGCCAUGGACGCAGAGAUGGCAUCCUGGAAGUCCACUGGCACUUACGUCGACGAGGUUCCCCCUCCUGGGGCGAAUAUCGUCAGUGGCAUGUGGAUUUUCAGGGUGAAGCGGCAGCCGGGUUCUCCGCCUGUCUUCAAGGCUCGUUACGUUGCUCGAGGCUUCAGUCAGCGAGAGGGAGUUGACUUCUUCCAGACCUUCUCCCCCACCCCGAAGAUGACCACUCUUCGGGUGCUGCUGCACGUUGCUGCUCACCGUGACUACGAGCUUCACUCUCUUGACUUCAGCACAGCUUUCUUGCAGGGCAGCCUGCACGAGGAGAUCUGGCUGCGCCGCCCCCCGGGCUUCACUGGGUCGUUCCCUCCUGGUACUUAG